AUGGAGAGUCAGGUUGAUGGGCAGUUCACUCAAAUCAAAAGUGCAGAAAGGGCCUGGAGCCAGAUCAGAGAGGAGGGCAGUGCACCUUAUGAGCAAAUGGGGACCUGUGCGUAUGGUGAAGAGCAUGAAAACCUGCAGCCCAUCCCAUUUGGUCAGCAACUGGAAGGAGGAGUCGCUAUUCAGCCAGUUUCAGAGGAUGGAGAGCAUCUCAUUUUGCUGAAGCCUGUGCACUUGAAAAUGGCGGAAGAGGAUUUCCAGGGGGCUUGUCCCUCUGGCCAACACGAUGCUCUGCAUGCCAUGAUGCAAAGAGAAGCUGACCUGGUGGAGGUCUUGCCACCAAGUGUAGAUGCUCAGAAGAACCCGGAAAAAGUCUUGACAAUAAGUUUACCAGAAGGUGUUUACACGGUCCACGAGAUGGAAGUGAUGCAUGUCAGCAACUUGAAAGAAGUACACACAUUACAGGAGGGCAAAAGGUCAACCAGUGAGACCCCCAAUGUCCUUGGGAUUAAGGUAGCUCUGCUUCUUGAUUUAAGUAAUAAAGACCAGCCGUUUUCUGCAUCUGAAGAUGACACAAUGAGCCAUUUCCUUGCAGCUGAGGCAACAAAGCUUCAGAAAGGUGAUCCCUCACUGUUUGGCCAUUCUGAAAACAAAGACCAGAGCAAUCCAUGUGCAUCACAGCAUCCUUUCGUAACCAGUUCUGAUGUUACUUCAAAAGCCCAUGGGAGCAUAGUCCAGUGGGGAGAAGGAGACAAACUUCAGCGUUGCAGUUUGUGCUCAUUCACCUCCUUCAGUGCAUCAGGCCUUAAUCAUCACAUGAAAAAACACUCGGCCAAAAAGACUCACAAGUGCCACCUCUGCCUUAAGGCAUUUCGCAGCGUUUCCCUCUUGCGUAACCACGUGAACACACAUACAGGGACCAAACCCUACAAGUGCAGUGAGUGUGAUAAGGCCUUUGUGACCAGUGGUGAGCUUUCAAGACACAGGCGGUAUAAGCAUACUCUGGAGAAACCCUUCAAGUGCUCGUUCUGUAGCUAUUGUAGCGUGGAGGCCAGCAAAUUGAAGCGUCAUAUUCGCUCGCACACUGGAGAGCGUCCUUACCGCUGUUCUCUCUGUGCUUAUGCUAGCAGAGACACCUACAAGCUGAAAAGGCACAUGGUAACCCACUCAGGUGAAAAACCCUUUGAAUGUCUGAUUUGUAAGGCUAGAUUUACUCAGGCCGGAACUCUGAAGUUCCAUGUACUGCACAAACAUGAGAAAAAUGUGCCAAAAUACCAGUGUCCACAUUGCAACACAUCUGUCGCCAGGAAGGGUGAUUUAAGUGUCCACUUGCGGAACCUACAUUCUUUCAUUGAAGUGCCGCUGAAGUGCAACUAUUGCGAAGAGGUUUUUCACGAGCUCUAUGCUUUCAAGCAGCACAAGAAGACCCACAGAAAUGAAAAGAGAUUCAGAUGUGAUCAGUGCAGUUAUGCAUGCAAGCAGGAACGCCACAUGGUCAUGCACAAGCGCACACACACUGGCGAGAAGCCCUUCAUUUGUGUCUCCUGCGGCAAAAGUUUUCGUCAGAAGCAGCUUCUGACAGUCCACUUCAAAAAAUACCACGACUCCAGUUACCAGCCACGGGUCUAUGAAUGCCCCAGAUGCGGCAAGGGCUAUUCACGCUGGAAUAAUAUGCGUAAGCAUGCUCAAAAUUGCGGAAAGGAGAGAACUAGUCAGCCUAGCAAAGAAAGCAAGAGUAGAAAGAAAAAAAAGGAAUCGGGUGGUGAUACUGAACAAGAAGGAGCUGCUUGUGCCAGCAAUCCACGCUGCACUACCUACGGUCUCCCUGUGGGAACAUGGGAGAAAGAAGAAACUAAUUUGGAUGAUGAGAAAGCUGAGACCACUUGUGAGAUGAUCCUCAGCUUGAUGGACAAAUAG